AACCUACUAUACAGCAGAGCGACAUCCACUUGCCCACCUCUUUUUUUUUUAAAUUUAUUUGAGAUGAUUAUAUUAUAGUUAAUUAUAAGCAAAUAGUUUUAAUGAAAUUCAGAAUUAAUUGAAGCAACCUUCAAUAUCAAGAAAUUAAUGUGAUACUGAGCAUUUUGAUUUUAAGUAAUGUUUUAUUCUGAGGGUCAGUAUAACUAUAUACCUGUAGAGUGUAGGCUGUAAAUAAUAUUACAAUAUGCUAAUAAAUACCAAUAACUACUAAAUUAAACAAUCUAAAAUUAAUUAUUAAUAUAAACAUGCAGUAACGUUUCUGUUACAUUAAAAAUCAAUAAAUGGGGUCAACAUAGUUUUAUAUUUCUAAAACCAAACCUAUCCAUCUAAUCAAUUCCAAACGUAAAAACAAUAGAACAAAAAAAAAAUGCGUAAUUCUAUGUAGUAGAAUAUCAUAUAAUUGUACUUUUACGUAUUACAUUUAUAUAGCGAGUCUACUUUUGUUUUCAAACAUAAAAUAUAACUUAUGCCUCUAUCCCUAUGUACCAACCAUUAAGGAGACGUUACAGUGACAUUUGUUGCCUCCAUCUUAAGGCGGGUUCCCACGGCGCGUGGCUCGGCGAACUUCGCGCAACUCGGUUGUUGUACCGUAUGCUCGGCAUAUCACGAGCCUAAAAUGUCAACAGCAUUCCCACGGCGCGUGACUUGGCGAGCCACGAGCUUAUCCGAGCCGAUCAGAGUUCCUACUAAAUUAUUUAGACGCCAAAAGUCUCAGUUCAAAAUGAGUCGUUCUUUGGAUAACACGCAAAUUGCUGCUUGUGCAGCAGCGUAUAUUGUAAUUGUAGGCGGUGAUUAUUUAAAAGAAAAAUUAGUUGAAAAAGAAAAAACGAAAUCCUGCAAGGAAAGAAGAUAUUGGAUGCAUGAAGUUUACAAAAGCCGUGCUAGGUACAAUGCAACGGAUCUGUUAGAAGAUUUAAAACGGGGACCAUCUAACAAGUUUCAAAACUUCUGUAGAAUGUCUGCCACAGACUUUGAAUAUCUUAUUCAAAAAAUUGGUCCAACCAUAUGUAAAACUGAUACAAACAUGAGAAAGUGUAUUCCGGUUCAGGAAAGGCUAGCUGUUACCUUAAGGUUCUUAGCCACAGGAGAUAGCUUUAAGAGCUUGUCAUACUUGUUCAAGUUUUCAAGUCAAACUGUUUCCAGGUGUAUUCAAGAUGUUUGUAAGGCGUUAAAUCAGGAGUUGAAAAAUGAAAUCAUGGUAAAGUAUUUAUAUUUUAAAACAUAUCUUUUAUUAGAAUAAUACCUUUAAAUAAAAUAAUAUUUAAAAAAAAAACAA